AUGCCUCGUCUCACCCACACAAGUCCGUCGUUGCCAUUCGCUCACAACUGGAUGGCGGGGGAGUUCAAGAGGCAGGAAUGUCGUAUUGUGUACGAUGGCAUGUCGAGGAACUGCGGCAAGGGCUUAAGUCUGACAAUCGGGCACGAGCACAGCACAUGCACGAGCACACGACAGCAUGGCGACGUAUCCGUACUUUGCGGACAGAAGAUGCCACACCAAAUGACCAGGCUCCAUCUCAUAAAACGCCGCACCCGAGACUGUGGAACCCGCCGCUUCAGCAAUGCGGCGCUUGACCUCAUCGCUCCCUACAUACAAUGUAGUAGGCCACCGUGCUCUUUCGCCCUUCUCUCUCUAUCUGGACUAAUUUCUCACAGGGUUUGUUGUCUCCUUGCAUCAUUCGGACCUUCUCCUUUCAUCUCCCCGUCGGCAUCUUGA